AUGAAUUUGAAGAGGAAGCAUCAACUGUCGGAAGACAACCCGUUUCGAGAGACUCCGAGCAAGAUGCAGCAGAUCGGGAGUAUGGGGUCCGAUACGCUGUUUAUCAGCAAAUCUAAUAUCUCCAAGCUCACGUUACAGAAGAUCAGUGGAGGCAAUAGUGGUAAUACCAGUGAGGGAAGCAGUAGAAUUGUGAUACGUCGGAUGCGUGAGAAGUCACAGUUUGAGCAACGUGUCGACGAAGAAGAUGAGGAUGAUGAAGAAGAGGAGUUUGAUACAGAUGAUAAGAUCCUGAUAGCAUCAACUGAUGAUGAUGAAGCAGAGACAAAAAAUACAGAUUUUCAAGACGCUAAGGAAUCCACUCAAAGUGCAAGUGAGCCUGUUCGACUGGGAGACAAAGAGAAUGAAGAUGAAGAGGAAGAAGAUGAAGACGAUGAAACACCUCUUGAAGUACUUGAAGAAAUGAAUAAACUCGAAGAAUGCUUCCCAGUACUUUCUACUAACUAUAGAUUACUUGAUAAGAUUGGAGAAGGGACUUUUUCUACUGUUUUCAGAGCCGAAGCAUUGAAUGGGAGUGUUAAAAUGGGAUCUGAACUUUGGAAAUCUCCACCAUUGAAGAAGGCCAGAUCAUCAUCAACAUUGGUUCAACGUAAAAAGAAUCCUAUAGUUGCAUUGAAACAAAUUUAUGUGACAUCUUCACCCAAUCGUAUUCACAAUGAAUUGAAUUUACUUUACAUGUUAAGUGGGAAUUCCCAUGUUGCAGCAUUAUUAGAUGUUCUUCGACAUCAAGACCAAGUAGUGGCCAUUCUACCAUAUUAUAAGCAUGCAGAUUUCCGUGACUUUUAUCGAGAUCUCCCCAUUAAAGGUAUUAAGAAGUAUAUGUGGGAACUAUUCAAAGCAUUAUCUUUUGUCCAUGAAAAGGCUAUUAUUCAUAGAGAUCUUAAACCCACUAACUUUCUUUAUGAUCCCUUCAAGGGCAGAGGAGUUCUAGUUGAUUUUGGUUUAGCUGAGAAACAACCUCCUUUAUCGACUUCCCAUUCAUAUAAUAGUUGUCCUUGUAUUGCUAAGGACAACUCUUUAAGACUUAAAAAGAGAAUAUUUAAAGCUGCUUACCCGAAACAAGACUUGAGACCUCCUCGUAGAGCCAACAGAGCUGGAACAAGAGGAUUCAGAGCUCCAGAAGUUCUUUUUAAAUGUACAAAUCAACUGACUAAAUUGGAUGUUUGGUCAGCAGGAGUAAUUGCACUUUCGAUUAUACUUCGGAAGUUCCCAUUAUUCAAUUCACCCGAUGAUGUUGAUGCUAUUAUGGAAUUAGUAUUGAUUUUUGGUAUGGAGAAAAUGACUAAAUGUGCUGAAUUACAUGGAUGUGGUUUAGAACUACAAUUAACCACUCAACCUGAACGAAUGGGGAAUGGUAAUUUAGUACAAUUAAUGAGUGAUUUCCUUCGUCACGAAGCUGAAAACGAGUCUAUACCUUCAGAUAGUGUUCUGUGGGAUACUUUGGAGUUGUUGAGCGACAGAGGUGAUAAAUUCAUUAAGCCUUUGGGAGAAGCGGCCCUUGAUAAUGAUGAACUCAAUAGGAAAAUUGAUAACUACAAGGAUCAUAAGUAUUUGGUUGAGUUGUUGAAUGCAUGCCUUCAUAUGGACCAUCGCAAACGUCUUACUGCUAAACAAGCAUUGAAGUUUCCAUUCUUUAGUGAAUUGGCAAAUUUAGAUGAUGAUGAAAUCAUAUUAUAG